UGAGGUCAGCCCGGGGGCCCCGGAAUCGCCGCCUGGGGAGCUCGGCUUAGCGGCUGCGGAGACGCGGGCGCGGGGACCGGAACUCGCACCUGCCUUCUGUAUGUUCAGCGAACCAACUUGUGGUUCCUCCAGAGUUUGGAUGACACUUGGAGUCUCAUAGCUACUUCUGCAUUCCGUCUUGCUGUGUCACAUGUCCUGGAGCCUGUGGAAAACUCCACUGUACACUCAUGAGAGAAGGAGAAUAUAAAAGGCAGUUCUAGCUUACUGUUCUUCUGGAAAUAGUUUUGACUGAUUGGACCCCCUGAAAGAGUCUCCCCGGACCAUACUUUGAGAACUGCUGAUUUAGAAUAACGUUUUCCUUAUUAUCAAAAGAAGUUUAUAUAUAUUGUGGAAAACGUUUGAGCAUUCAGGAAACUAAGAAAAUGAAAACUGCCCAUCAUGUUACAAUCCCAUGUGUUUGUGUUUUAAUUACCAAGUAUUUGAGUGGCUUGGUUUCAAAGUGGGUUGGGCAGGUAUAAGUGGCCUUCAGGUUUUGAAUACAGAUAAGGAAGCCCUAAUAUCCUACAAAGCUGACGCCGGUUCCUGGUUGCAAGCGGAGCCGACCUGGAAACCUCUCCUGGGCCACUGCCCUUUGUAAGAAACUCACCUUCCAGAGCCCACCUGCACAGAACUGGCAGGGGACCCUCUUAGCUGCAGAGAGAAUGGCGAUCUUCAGGCAGCUGUCCCUAGGUGCAAAGGCUGCCCUGGCUGCUGGCACUGUCUUCGUGUCCAUGAUUAUCUCUCGCUCCUACCUGGCAGGGAGCCUUGAGCUCAAGGCCUGGCAUUGGUUGUUCCGCCUGCAGCUUGCCCUGUUUGCCAACUCGCUCAUGCUUAUUGGCUCCCUCUACAUCUGGCGUAGCACAGUCAGCAACCUCAGCCACUCGUCAGCCGCAGAGUCAGCCUGUUUUCGGCUUUGGAAGAUGGCUGUUGUGGCAUUUCUGGCCCUGGCCCAUUCCAGUUUCUUCACCAUGCUCUUCUUAGUGGCCGAGGAACCCUACCUCUUUUCCUUGGCGGCCUAUGCCUGCCUCGGGGCGUACAUCAUCAUGCUCUUCUUCCUCUGUACCCUCAGCGGUAUGGAGCAGGCCUACCAGCUUCUGGCCUGGCGCAGUGGCAGGGGCGUGGGCAGCCUUGACAAGGCGAGGAAGCUGGCCCUCAGGCCGGUCCUGGCAGUGGCGGUGACCGCCGUGCUUAGCGUGGCCGGGCUUCUGAACGCCGCCCAGCCCCCGGCCGUGAACACUGUGCAGGUGCCCAUCCAUCAGCUGCCCCCCUCGAUGGACAACCUCAAGAUGGCACUCCUCUCUGACAUUCACCUGGGUCCCACCGUGGGCAGGACCAAGAUGGAGAUGUUUGUGGGGAUGGUGAACCUGCUGCAGCCAGACGUCACGGUGAUCGUGGGCGACCUCUGCGAUUCGGAAGCCUCCAUCCUCCAGACCGCUGUCGCUCCCUUGGGCCAGCUGCACUCACGCCUCGGCACCUACUUUGUCACUGGGAAUCACGAGUACUACACGUCAGAUGUCAGCAACUGGUUUGCGCUGUUGGAAUCCCUGAAUGUCAGGCCCCUUCACAAUGAGAAUGUGAAGAUUUCUGCCACGCGGGCCCAGCGUGGCGGUGGUGGUGGUGAUGGUGAGGAUGACUGGAUCUGCUUGGCGGGGGUGGAUGACAUUGAAGCCAACAUCCUGCACUACUACGGCCAUGGCAUGGAUCUCGUCAAGGCCCUGGAUGGCUGCAGCCCAGACCACACCACCAUCCUGCUAGCUCACCAGCCUCUGGCUGCCAAGAGAGCCCUUCAGGCUCGGCCAGACAUUAACCUGAUCCUUUCUGGGCACACGCACGCUGGGCAGAUCUUCCCCUUGAACGUUGCAGCCUAUCUCCUGAACCCCUUCUUUGCUGGUCUCUACCAAGUGGCCCAGACUACAUUCGUGUAUGUCAGCCCGGGCACAGCCCACUACGGGAUUCCCAUGAGGCUGGGCAGCAGGGCGGAGAUCACGGAGCUCAUCCUGCAGCGGGCUUCCUGAGCCCGGCCCUGCCCUGUAUGCCUUCUCAUCGCCCUUGCCCUUCACUCUUGACCCUCUUCAGAGCAGGUUGCCUGAUUUAUCCCCUACAGCAUCUCCCGCCCAGCUCUGCCAGCACAUGCCUGGUCACAAGCCUGGCUGGAACAGUGAUUUGUGGUGGGGCUGCCUGGCAGCGUCCGGCUGGCUGACUCUCUAGGUGGCCACUUGCUUUUCUUGUGCACUUCAGUCACAUACGUAAGAACAGGCUUCUCUUUCCGGAUGACAUUGUGUGGUAUAUUCCCUCUGGGGAGCUCACAGGGAUGAACCCAAGCAUGGUGUUGCUUAGAAGGGACACCUUGCGAAAGCAGAGUAGGGAAGGAACUCUGCGUGUUUUUAAACCCUCUUUAGGACUUAGUUUCCAGAAUCAUUGAUCCAGAGCUUUCUGGGAAGGGGCAGCGUUACUAGGUAAUCUGGGAGAACAGGUGAGAUGGAAGCCACUUUGGCCACAGGAGAGUGUUUUCCUUUUCUUCUUGGUUCUGUGGAGUCACUUAAUUGAGGGCAUCAGCAAAGCCCACUGGCAUACAGGGCUUAUCCUCUUCCGGGCCUGAAGCAAUGCAGUUUAACUGCCUGGGCCCCCGGGCCUCUGGGGUUGCAGGCAGUGGGCAGAAGUAAUAGUACUGCUGCUCAGAAAUUCAGAGGGUGUUUGUCUCCCUCCUGUCCUUUAUACAACACUUGGGUGAGGUCAUUAGGGACAAUCUAUUGAGAGAUAAGGAAAAUGAGGCAGAGAGGUAGGGUUUAGGCAGCGUGACAAAGCAGAUUCUGGGUUAGAAGCCAGGUCUUCUGCCUCCCAGUAAAAGUACUCUUUGCACUGUCUGAUGGCUAAGUAGCUAUGCCUGUUACCAGUGAGCACAAGAUUCAAAUGCAGCUAAACAAGUAAAGGCAGCGAACAAGGGCUAGGACCUGAUGGAUUUUGAAAUUAGUUUUUGCUUGAGGCUGAUGUCAACUCACCCAGAGAUACAUGAGCCAGCCUGGGAAGGGAGUCGGCUAGUUUCAGUGUAAGAUGUCCUUCAUACUGGAAGAAGAGUUAGGAAACUGGAGCUGCUCCCGGCCCCCACCUAGGUUUAGGUUGGAUUUUUUGUGAGAAACAAGUUCGUUCUGUACCUCUGGAGGAGUUGAAAUAUCCCUGGAGAGUGGCAGGGCCCUGUGCUCUGGCAGGACCUCAAGGUCUUCCCUCCCGUGGGACCCUGACUGCAGAAUGCUGGGCAUUCCACCUGGAAUAUGGGAAACCCCUCCCUGUCCUGACCCCAUCACAGCUGUCCUAGGGCUCUGCCCACAGAUCCUGGGCCAUACGUGCCAGCCACUGGACCCCAGAAAAGCAGGCAGGGGUUACCAUGUCUAGAGGGCCCCACUGCUGUUGCCACAGCCUUUGUGCCAGAGGUAAGAAAGCCUUUGGCCUGGGGUGGCAAUAAGCACUCUUGUUAGAAAAGGCCUCAUUGAGAAACUGGGGACCUGGGUGCAGUGUUGACUUUCACUGUGGCUGAGAGUUUCUACGACAGGGAAUGGAGGCACCCCUCUGCCUGGAACAAAGAUGUUACUCUGCUACUGCUCACCAGGCCGGCGGUGUCCUGGAAGUGACUUGCUUUCACUGAGCCUCAGUUUCCCUCACCCUAAAAUGGGGAUAAUUAUCUACCUCAAGAUUAUUUCAUAGGGAGUAUAUUAAGACAUGGGUGCAAGAGUCACAUGUGGACAGUCACAGAAAGCAUGUGAUGCUGUUCAUUCUGAAACAUCACAUGGGGUGUGCUGAGGAACAGUGCUGGGCCCAGGUGCCCAGAAAGUCUUUGGAGCAGCCAGUCCUGGGGAAUGUGCGGGGACAGCGUGCUGCCAGCUGCCAGGGCCCAGUGAUGUGUCAGAGCAGCACCUGCUGGGGUUUGUUUUCCCCUACUUUUAUUACUGUCUCCAUGUGUGUGCUCUGCCUGACUAAAGGAAAUUUCUUCAUUUUCCUCCUAGUGUCUAAUGGAAUCCUGGUGGGGAGUGGGGGGUCCUGGAGACCACCUUUCUCAUUUCCGGGCAGCCAAGGUAUUGACAGCAGGCCUUCCAGUCAAGUUUGAAAUGUGUCUUUGAGUAGAGAUUUCAGUGGUUUCCUUACUUUUUACCCCCUUGUGUUUCAUCAUCCUCACAGCCAGGAAUAAGUUGGGAGAAAAGGGGAGAGAGUCCUGAAAAGCCUUUUCAUUUAUUUUGUGCGCAGUGGGACCAUAGGGUAGUGGCCCAGCCCAAGCCCCCCGACUCCCCUCCCCAUAGACCGCUCCAUGUUCACCACCCCUCCCAGCCUGAGGAGGGGGCUCCUCCAAACCAUCUCACUUUCCUGUGACCUGACCCCCCACUCAAGGGAUCAUUCUAGUUGCCAUUCCAGUUCUCCGUUGUUUGCAGACCGAGCUAGUUGGUGCCAUUUGGCGUUCCACUCUCGGGGGCAGCUGGCAGCACUCAGCUUGCCUACUGUGCUAGACAGUGCCCUGGUUGCUCGAUUUUGGAGCUUUCUCAUCAGUGCCUGAGCUUCAUGAAAUCAGCUUGUCUUGGUCCUAUUUUCACUUUGCCUCUUUGUCUCUUUCUCUUGAAUGCCAUCGUUUUGUGGGCUUGUGGUCCUUGCUCUGAAGUUCUUGCUUGACUCGUUCCUUUCCAUUAACAGAAUAAAACAGGUCCAUCCUGUGUGUCUAGGGGAUACUCGGCAACACCUUUACUUGGUUUUAUUCCGUGAUGUGGAAGUUUUCACAGCAGAAAUUUCUCCCUUGCUGUACAGAUGUGGCCCUGGUGGUCCUUUCUCUAUAGCACCUGUCGCGUCUCUGUUCCCUGUUCUUCACUUGUUUACCUUCUUUCUGUUGUUUGUUUAUGGCUGGGGGAUGGUGGUGAGAAACAUUUACUUAAAGCUUAAAAUUCUUUCAAUCUGUGAAACGCAAGCUAAAAUAAAAUGGGAUGCUUUUUAAAAAUUAACCAUAGCAUGUAUAGUGUGAUACUACUGUUGUAAAAUCUCAGUAAAUUAAUCCUAACUGCCAUCCAUUCCAGACAUCCAUCCGACCUUUCUUUUCCUUUUAUUUUGUUUUGUUUUAUACUUUUUAUGGUGAAAUUUUUAAAGUAUUCACAGAGUACAGGGAAUGGCAUAUCGAAUCCUCAAAUCUCAUCACGCAGCUACAACAAUUGUACCUAGUCUACUGUUCUUUCUCAUCUAUCCCUGCCCUAUAUUCUGUCUUUUUUCCUUUUUGGCUGGAAUAUAUAUUAAGGUAAAUUUUAGGAAACAUAAUUGCACCCAAAAUACUUGAGUAUGGAUCCUUUUUAAAGAAACAUAUCCAUAAUGCCGUUGUAUCCAAUGCAAUUAACAAUGUUUCUGUGAUAUAAUCUACUACCAAGUUAGGAGAUUCAGGGCUAGAAGCCAGGUCUUCUACCUCUCAAAAGUGUUUUUUCCACUGAUGAGGAUUUAGCUAUGUAUGUUUCAGGUGAGGACAGGAUUCAAAUGGAGUUAACUGUGUAAGGAGUUAGUGUUCCGUUUUUCCUGAUUAUCUCAGUUGUCUUUUUAAAAUUGUGGUAAAAAGAAAAUAGCAUGAAAUUUAUCAUCUUAAUGAUUUUUAAGUCCACAGUUCAGUAGUGGUAACUAUAUUCACACUGUUACGAAACAGAUCUCUAGCUUUUUCGUCUUUUAAGUCUGAAACUAUCCAUUAAGCAAUAACUCUGCUUUUCCCCACCCCCAGCCCUGGGAGCCACCAUUGCACUUUCUGUUUCUAUGAAUUUGACAACUCUUGAGUACCUUAUUUAAGUAGAAUCAUACAUUAUUUGUUUUCUUGUGACUGGCUUAUUUCACUUAGCAUAAUAUCCUCAGUGUUCAUCUACAUGUUGUAGCAUGUGACAAGACUUCCUUCCUUUUUAAGGCUGAAUAAUAUCGCAUUGCAUUAUAGACCACAUUUUGUUUAUCCAUUCAUCCAUCAGUGGGCAUUUGGGUUGCUUCCACCUCUUGUCUAUUGUGAAUAGUGCUACUAUAAAUGUGGGUGUGCAAAUAUCUCUUUGAGAUCCUGCUUUCUAUUAUUUUGGAUCCAGAAGUGGAUUGCUGGAUCAUUUACUAGUUCUAUUUUUCACUUUUUGAGGAAUCUCCCUUCUGUUUUCCACCGUAGUUGAGACAUUUUUAAAUCCUACCAACAAUUAACAAGGGUUCCAUUUUCUCUACAUCCUCAUCUAAACUUCUUAUCUCUUUUUUUUAACCAGCAAAAAUGGGUCUAUUCAGGAAUAGCAGAGAAUUAUAAUUUGGAACAUGCAAGCUACAGCAAAACCAUAGGCAUGUCCCAUUUUUUUUGUUUGUUUAUAGUGGUCUGAGUUGAUAACUUAUUGUGGUUUUGAUUUGCAUUUUUCUUUUGAUUAUUGGUGUUGGGCAUCUCUUCAUAUGCUUGUUGAGUGUAUAUCAUCUUGGAAGAAAUGACUGUUCGAGUCUUUUGCUCAUUUUAAAGUCAGAUUAUUUGCUUUCUUGUUGUUGUUGAGUUGUAGGAUGUCUUUGUAAACUCUAGAUACUAACCCAUUAUCAGAUAUAUGAUUUGUAAAUAUUUUUUCCCAUUCCAUAGAUUGACUUUUCACUCUGUUGGUUUUGUCCCUUCAUGUGCAAAAGUUUUAAGUUUGAUGUCACAUUGUCUAUUCAUGAUUUUGUUGGCUGGCUUUCAUAUCAGAUAUAAGAAAUCAUUGCUAAGUCCAAUAUCAUGAAGCUUUCCCCCUGUUUUUGAUCUAUUGUUUAGGUCUCCUAUCCAUUUUGAGUUAUUUUUUGUAUAUGGUGUAAGGUAAGGAUCCUACUCAUUCUUCUGCAUGUGAAUAUCCAAUUUUCCUAACACCAUUUGUUGAAGAGACUGUCUUUUCCCCCAUUGAAUAAUCUUGGCACCCUUGUUAAAGACUAUAUUUGAGCAUAUACAAGAGCUUUUAUUUCUGGCCUCUUUGUUCUAGUCUAUUGGUCUGUUUGUCUGUCUUUAUGCCAGUCCGCACUGUAUUUAUUACUGAUUAAUGUAGCUUUGUAAUGUAUCUUAAUGUAUCUUUUGAAAUAAGAAGAGUGAGUCUUCCAACUUUGUUCCAUUUCAAAAUUGUUUUGGCUAUUUGAGGUUCCUUGAAACUCCAUAUGAAUUUUAGGAUGAAGUUUCUAAUUCUGCAGAAAAUGUCAUUGGGGUUUUGAUAGAGAUUGCAUUGACUGUAUAUUACAUUGGGUAGUAUGGACGUUUUAACAAUACUAAGUCUUCCACUCCAUGAACACUGGAUGCCUUUCCAUUUAUUUGUGUCUUCUUUCAUUUCUUUAAGCAGUGCUUUGUAGUUUUCAUUGUCCAAGUCUUUGAUCUCCUUGGUUAAGUUUACCUAAGUAUUUUAUUCUUCUGCUUUUCCAAUUGAAUGUCUUUUAUUUAUUUUUCUUGCUUAAUAGUUCUGGCUAAGGCUUCCAAUACUAUUUUGAAGAGAGGUGGUGAAAGUGGGCAUCCUUGCCUGGUUCCUGGUCAGAGAGCAAAAGCUUGCAGUCUUUCACCAUUAAGUAUGAUGUUAGCUGUGGGCUUUCAUAUAUGCCUUUUAUUAUGUUGGAGGUAAAUUGCUUCUAUUUCUAGUCUGUUGAGUGUUUUGUCAUGAAAAGGUGUUGUAUCUUGUCAAAUCUAUUUCUGCCGCAGUUGAGAUGAUCACAUGGUUAUUGUCCUUCAUUCUGUUAAUAUGGCAUAUUUAUAUGAUUGAUUUUCAUAUGUUGAACCAUCCUUGCACUCCAGGAAUAAAUCUCACUUGGUCAUGGUGCAUAAUCCUUUUAAUGUGUUCUUGAAUUCAAUUUGCUGAUAUUCUCUUGAGAAUUUUUUGCAUCAAUAUUCAUCAGGAAUAUUGGUCUGUAGUUUUCUUAUGUCUUUUGUGGCCUUGGUUUUAGGGUAAUUUUGGUCUCUUAGGAUGAGCUUACAAGUGUUCCCUUCUUUUCAGUUUUUUGGAAUAGUUUCAGGAAGAUUGGUGUUAAUUCUUCUUUAAAUGGUUGGUAGACUUUUCCAGCAUUGUCAUCUGGUUCUGGGUUUACUGAUUUAAUCUUCUGACUAGUUAUUGAUCUAUUCAGAUUUUCUAUUUCUUCAUGAUACAAUCUUCCUAGGUUGUAUAUUCUGGGAAUUUAUCUAUUUCUUUUAGGUUACACAAUUAGUUGGCAUACAGUUGUUCAUAGUAGUCUCUUAUAAUCCUUUUUAUUUCUGUGGUAUUGGUUAUAAUGUUUCCUCUUUCAUUUCUGAUUUUAAUUGAAUCUGCUCUCUUUUUUUCCGCUUAAUGUAGCUAAGAUUUGUCAAUUUUGUUGAUCUUCUCAAAAACCAACUCUAUAGUCAUUGAUUUUUUUUCUGUUGUUUUUCUUUUCUUUUUUUAGAUUCUGAAGUUUUAUUUAACAAGAACUAAAAGACAAGCGAAAGUCCUUGGCUACCCUCAGUCUCUGGAGUCUUGCAUUUUCUUUUUUUCUUUUUUGGUUUCAUUAAUCUACAAUUAUAUGAGCAAAAUUGUGGUUACUAGGCUCCCCCCAUCAUCAAGUCCCCACCACAUACCCCAUUACAGCCACUGUCCAUCAGCAUAAUAAGAUGCUAUAGAAUCACUACUUGUGUUCUCUGUGUUGUACAGCCCUCCCUGUGCACCCCCACCCCCACAUUAUGUCUGCUAAUCAUGAUGCCCAUUUUGCCCCCUUGUCCCUCCCUUCCCACCCAUCCUCCCCAGUCCCUUUCCUUUUGGUAACUGUUAGUCCAUUCUUGGAUUCUGUGAGUCUGCUGCUGUUUUGUUCCUUCAGUUUUUUCUUUGUUCUUAUACUCCACAUAUGAGUGAAAUCAUUUGAUACUUGUCUUUUUCUACCUGGCUUAUUUCACUGAGCAUAAUACCCUCUAGCUCCAUCCAUGUUGUUGCAAAUAGUAGGAUUUGUUUUCUUCUUAUGGCUGAAUAAUAUUCCAUUGUGUGUAUGUACCACAUCUUCUUUGUCCAUUCAUCUAUUGAUGAACACUUAGGUUGCUUCCAUUUCUUGGCUAUUGUAAAUAGUGCUGCGAAAAACAUAGGGGUGCAUAUGUCUUUUUCAAACUGAGCUCCUGCAUUCUUAGGGUAAAUUUCUAGGAGUGGAAUUCCUGGGUCAAAAGGUAUUUCUAUUUUUAGUUUUUUGAGGAACCUCCAUAUUGCUUUCCACAAUGGUUGAACUAAUUUACAUUCCCACCAGCAGUGUAGGAGGGUUCCCCUUUCUCCGCAUCCUCACCAACAUUUGUUGUUGUUUGUCUUUUGGAUGGUGGCUAUCCUUACUGGUGUGAGGUGAUAUCUCAUUGUGGUUUUAAUUUGUAUUUCUCUGAUGACUAGCAAUGUGGAGCAUCUUUUCAUGUGCCUGUUGGCCAUCUAAAUUUCUUCUUUGGAGAACUGUCUGUUCAGAUCCUCUGCCCAUUUUUUAAUUGGAUUAUUUGCUUUUUGUUUGUUGAGGUGCUUGGGCUCUUUAUAUAUUUUGGAUGUCAAUCCUUUAUUGGAUAUGUCAUUUAUGAAUAUAUUCUGUGAGUCUGCUGCUGUCUUUUUGUUUUAUUGAUGAUGUCCUUUGCUGUACAGAAGCUUUUCAGCUUGAUAUAGUCCCAUUUGUCAAUUUUUGCUUUUGUUUCCCUUGCCCAGGAAGAUACUUUCAUGAAGAAAUUGCUCAUGUUUAUGUCCAAGAGAUUUUUCCCUAUUUUUUUUCUAAGAGUUUUAUGGUUUCAUGACUUACAUUCAGGUCUUUGAUCCAUUUUGCAUUUACUUUUGUAUAUGGGGCUAGACAAUGAUCCAGUUUCAUUCUCUUGCAUGUAGCUGUCCAGUUUUGUCCACACCAGCUGUUGAAGAGGCUGUCAUCUCCCCAUUGUAUGUCCAUGGCUCCUUUAUCAUAUAUUAAUUGACCAUAUAUGCUUGGGUUAAUAUCUGUACUCUCUAUUCUGUUCCACUGGUCUGUGGGUCUAUUCUUCUACCAGUACCAAAUUGUCUUGAUUACUGUGGCUUUGUAGUAGAACUUGAACUUGGGAAGCAAGAUACCCCCUGCUUUAUUCUUCCUUCUCAGGAUUGCUUAGGCUAUUUGGGGUCUUUUGUGGUUCCAUAUGAAUUUUAGAACUAUUUGUUUCAGUUCAUUGAAGGAUACUGUUGGUAUUUUGAUAGCGAUUGCAUUGAAUCUGUAGAUUGCUUUAGGCAGGAUGGCCGUUUUGACAAUAUUGAUUCUUCCUAGCCAAGAGCAUGGGAUGAAUUUCCAUUUAUUAAUGUCCUCUUUAAUUUCUCUUAAGAGUGUCUUAUAGUUUCAGGGUAUAAGCCUUUCACUUCCUUGGUUAGGUUUAUUCCUAGGUAUUUUAUUCUUUUUUAUGCAAUUGUGAAUGGAAUUGUUUUCCUCAUUUCUCUUUCUGUUAGCUUAUCAUUAGUGUAUAGGAAAGCAACAGAUUUCUGUGUAUUAAUUUUGUAUCCUGCAACUUUGCUGAAUUCAGAUAUUAGUUCUAGUAGUUUUGGAGUGGAGUCUUUAGGGUAUUUUAUGUACAAUAUCAUAUCAUCUGCAAAUAGUGACAGUUUGACUCCUUCUUUACUGAUCUGGAUUUCUUGUAUUUCUUUGUUUUGUCUGAUUGCUGUGGCUAGGACCUCCAGUACUAUGUUGAAUAACAGUGGGGAGAGUGGGCAUCCCUGUCUUAUUCCCGAUCUUAGGUGAAAAGCUUUUUUGUUGUUUUUGUAUUUCCUAUUUCACUUUUCUGUGUUCUAAAUUUUCAUUUCUUCCGCAUUUACUAGCUCUAGUCCUUCUACAAAGAACUUGCCUCAUCAGUUGUUUGGUUCAUUUGAAAAAAAGUGUACAGAGUGCCAUAUGUAAGAUUAUUCUCCUUUAUUCAUCAGUUUUCAGGAUAAUGAGUAGAUGCCCAACAACUCCAAGGAGGACUCAUAAGCUUUUCUUUUGGGUGGGAGAAAGAUGUAAAUUUGGCUAUUUUUAUAGAUCUGAUGUGUUUCAAUCUAUCAAAGGGAUAAAUCUUUUGAUGCUCAAAAUAUUCCAUCUUUGGCCAGUGAGAGCCCUUUCAAAUUGGUUUCUAUGUCAUUUUGUUGUGACCCUAAUAGUUUUUUGUGUUUUUUUUUUUUUUUUUAGUUUUAGGCUUAUUUUGCAUAUGAUCUGCCCCAGUCUUAGAUAAGUUAUUUCUUGAGGGAGCCCAGAUUCCUUUUAAGUGGGAAAUAUUUCGACCACAACUUAAGUGCUAGAGGAGCUAAGUGCUACUGGCUAGUGUCAUUUCUAAGGUGUUUCAGUGACUUGCUAGGAAAUUAAUAUGUUUUAAGGAAGAGGAAAAUAAUUAUAUUAGUGUUUCUAAUUCAAAUGGGAGAUACAGGUUUUUUUUACUCAGACUUAAUUUUUUUAGAGCCAUUUUAGGCUCACAGCAAAAUUGAGUGGAAGGUAUCACAAUUUCAAGUUUUUAUUUAACUUUCUUUGAUUUUAUGUUUGUAUUUCUGUUUCAUAUUGAGCAUUUUGGUUCCUAACAACACAAUGUAGUUAUUUACUUUACCCUAUUACAUGUAUUAAAUAUUCAGAAUACCAACAAAAUAUUGUUACUAGGAUGAGAUCUACUGGAUGCAGGUUUGUUCGACCUGAAUGCAGUUAAAAAUGUAUUUUUAUCCUUAGGCUAAAUGUAGUCAAAUAUGAUUUCAAAUUCUCUUGAAAUGUUUCUUUCCUGUGUGGACAAUUAGAUCUCCUUUUGUCAGUUAAGAAUUGUUUUGUAUUUUUUAAAUUUAUUUUUGUAUUUUUAAACUAUAAUAAUCUUUUCUCUGAGAUGGGAGGAGGGGAGCAAAAUUAAAUCUAAAUGUCCAUGAGUCCGAGAGUAUUGGGAGCUAGUCCCAAACCUCAUUUCUUCUCCAUUCUGCCGUUUUCCUCCCUCUUACAUUGUAAUUUACAUUCUUUAUCCACAGGCUUGUGAAAUGCUGAGUAAAAAUCUCUUUGGAACAAGACGGGCAUAAAUAAAAAUAGAAUGCACAGGCCAUAGCAGACCAUGUACAAAUGCCUACAGGUCCAUAUUGAUUAUCGACAUCCCCUGUGGUUGUUUUGCCCCUCCAACCUGUCUACUGUAAUGGUACUUCCAUGACACCUGAUGUUUGGAAGGCUCUUAGCUGUGGCAUAAUCAAAGUUUGUUUUAUAGUCAUCUGAAAUAUUUCUUCUCUUGCCCUUUGUUCUGUCUGUGAGGUAAGGGAUCAGGGAAGCCUCUGUGUGUAACCAACCCUCUGCUCCUAGCUUCUCCCUUUCCCUUAAUCCUUUCUCCCCCAACACUAGGGUGCUAGCAGCCCACAAGGAUUGGUUCUCUGCCACCCUAGAGCUACACAGCUCACAUCAGGGAUUUGCCAGCCUGUUGGGCCUCUGGGGCGAGUUGAAAGGGUAUGUAGGGUCCUGGGGAUGGAGACUCAUUGAACAGGUGCUUCCCAGAGUUAUACUGAGAGACCUGAAGACGGGUCAUCAUCACAUAAUCAGCAUGACCCAUAACCUGUGAUGUCACUGAGCUCCUCUGAUUUCUUUAUUCUAGGUGAGGAAUGUGUACAAAUAAUGCAAAGAUAAUUAUUUUUAGUCCUGAGGAUUGGGAAACUUGGGCAAUGUUCACAUUACCUGGUGAUGUAAAUAUCAGUGUUAUGUUUAAAUAUUUAGGAAAUGAUUACUACUGAAAUAAUCUAAUUGAAAUAAAUAAUUUUUAAAAUGUUAUAUUGGACAGUAUUAGGUUCCUGAUGUGUAUUUGGUCCUAAGGUAUUUUGUUUGUACCCGUGUCUUUUUUCUCCAGUUUCAUAUGCAUUAUGUACAUGGGGGACCAUGGGAAGGCAAGGGCUUUGCCUUGCUUGGAAUUGCAUUUUAUAAGUUUCUGUGACUUCAUGCAUUGUAAAUACUGAUGCUGCCACACCCCUGCACUUGUAAAAUAAAACCAUGUUUUUUUCUUCAGUA